UCAACAAAACCAGUUGAAGUUUAAUUAUUAUAAAAACCAAUGCAUCAGUAUGUAUCAACUCUUGUAUCGCUGUGUUCACUUCAAGAGUAGGUAAUCGUUUACCUACCUAUGUAUUAAUGUCAAAAUAUUAUAAUUUUUCCUUCCGGUCACGAUGUUGAAUUCGAUUUCGGUAACGGUUGCAGCGUUUGCCGUCGUGCUGCACGGGGUCACCGGCCUCGACAACGGGUUGGCUUUAACACCGCCGAUGGGAUGGCUCGCGUGGCAAAGAUACAGGUGUAUCACAGACUGCGAAACGUAUCCCGACGAAUGUGUCAGUGAAAAGCUGUUUAUGAAUGCGGCUGAUUUGUUGGUCAGUGAAGGCUACGCAGACUUGGGAUACAAAUACGUAAUCGUGGACGACUGUUGGUUGGCUAAAAACAGAUCGGACGACGGGAAGUUGGAAGCCGACAAGACGAGGUUCCCGAGCGGUAUCAAAGCACUGUCUGACUACGUGCACUCGAAAGGGUUGAAAUUUGGCUUGUAUCAAGACUGGGGCGAGAAAACUUGUGCCGGUUACCCGGGCGUGCUGGGCAGCGAAGCGAUGGACGCCAAACAGUUCGCCGAAUGGGAAGUCGAUUACGUAAAAUUAGACGGAUGUUAUUCGAACGUCAGGGAUAUGGAUAGGGGUUACGUCGAAUUCGGAAAACACCUGAACAAUACAGGAAGACCAAUGGUGUACUCGUGUAGCUGGCCGGCGUAUCAAGAAGACAAGGGAAUGCGGAUCAAUUACGCGUUGAUGGCUCAACACUGUAACCUGUGGCGUAACUACGGAGACAUUGACGAUUCGUGGAGUAGUGUGACAUCCAUAGCUGAUUACUUUGCAACGAAGCAAGAGUUCUGGGCGCAGUAUGCAGGACCCGGACACUGGAACGAUCCAGACAUGCUCCUGAUCGGUAACUUUGGUCUGACAAUCGACCAAAGCAAAUCGCAAAUGGCCAUUUGGGCUGUGUUGGCCGCUCCCCUGUUUAUGUCCAACAAAUUGUCCGCCGUACGUCCGGAGUUCAAAGAAAUCUUACAAAACGUCGAAGUCAUCAAAGUCAAUCAAGACGCUUUGGGAAUACAAGGCACUCGAGUAUUUAGGGAUAAGGGUAUUGACAUUUGGACCCGACCAGUCGAACCGGUUCAUCGUGGAAAUUAUUCAUACGCGGUGGCGUUUGUGAGUCGUCGCGAGGAUGGCGCUCCUUACCCGUACAAAAUAGCUCUGGAAGACUUAGGACUGAACCAUCACAUUGGUUACACGAUUAAGAAUUUGUUUGAUAAACCUACCUCAAACGGUAUCAAACACUACGCCUUGCCAAAGACUGUGGUCCACGUAAGAGUUAUUCCGUCAGGUGUUGUGUUCCUACGAUUCGACAUUAUCACGAUCAAAUUGGAAGACGAUAUUUACAACAGCGAACUCAACAAAACCAUAACAUUUACAUAAAUUAGUUU